CUCAUAUUAAAUUUUUUAAAUUUUGUAGAUGUGCAUGAUAAAGAUGAGACAAUGUAGCAAGCAAUUUACUGUGGCAUUGUAUCUUACUCUGGUUUUCCGCAAUUAACCUGUAUCAGUAGGUUUUCAUAGGUGCAGUGAAAAUGUCCUCCGACGAAAUGGAGUCGUUUGGCGUAAGCCAGGAGGAUUUGGAGGAUAUAAAUGACCAAAUGUCUGCUUAUGGUCGAAAGGGUCGUUUCAGCAAAGAGAAAGCAAUUUAUGGGCUGUGGGCCGACCAUGACUCGGACGAAGAUCAUGGAUCGUCACGUAGACGUGGUGGCAAAGCGGACUACUCGAGACCCCUGAAUUUUAUCAGUGGUGGUGUCAAGGGAGGUCAGAAGGAAGGUGACGCUGGCAGUGAUAGUGAUCCUGAGCGAAUGGACGAGCAGUUGCUCCAGAGCAUGGAGAUAGCAGAGAGUGAAAAGGCUGCGCAAGCAGACGAUGCCAGCGCAUCUGGUCUCCCCAAGGCGUUUGUAUCUUCCUCUCAGCAGAAAGCCAAGACUUUGGAAACGAUACAAGGAAGCCGUGGCAACAAGUCCAGCAGCAACAGUCGAUUAGGUAUGAAACCUAUGGGGAAGCAUGACAAGGCGUUUGGAUCAUGGGAAAAGCACACGAAAGGCAUUGGCCUCAAACUGCUCCAGAAGUUUGGCUACGAGGCUGGUACCGGUCUGGGCCGAGGUGGUGAAGGUAUCAAUCAGCCCAUAGAGGUGAAGGUGCGAGGUGGACGUGGAGCUUUGGCCUACUAUGGUACCGAGCGCACCAAGCAGGUCAUGGUUGACAGCGAGGAUGAGAAAGAAGAGCGCGUCAAGGAGGAACUGCGGAAGAUGAAGAGAACCGAGGGUGAAGGAAAGCAACGGAAAACAACAUAUGUUUAUCGAACAGCGGAUGAAGUCCGCGCAUCUGGUGUGAAACAGACUGGCAAGAGAGUGCCAGCGGCCAAGAAAACUGAUGAGGCUGUGAAGGUUGUGGAUAUGACUGGGCCUGAAGAGAGGGUCUACCACGGAUACGAUUCCAUCCAUUCCAAACAUAGCCAUCCAGAUGGACAGCCAAUGCUCACCGAGAGUGUAGGGUUCUUGCCCGAGUUGCUGCACAAUGUUCAGCUCCUUGCAGACCAGGCCGAGAGUGAAAUAUUGCACAUCGAUAGACAGCUGCAGCACGAGCAGAACAGGAUAAUCAAUCUGCGCCACGAGCGCGAGAUGCUGAGCAAGACCUUGCAGAAGGAGCGGCAGGAGCUUGACCGCGUCUCUGAGGUGAAAGACGUGUUGACGCAGCUGACUGAGCGCUCACAGCCGAACAGCAACGACCCUCUGUCACUGAGCGAGUGUGCAUCCACGUUCAGCCGCCUGCAGUCCCAUUUCGAACACGAGUACAUCUCAUAUGGCCUGAGUCGUCUUGCCGUGCCCGUCGUCUUCCCCUUGAUCAAGAAGAAUCUCACUGGCUGGGAACCGUUUGGCUCGCUCGACGUGGAUCACUUGGAGUUGUUCACGCAGUGGAAAUCUCUGUUGAAUGAUUCAUCGUCCAGUCAAUCUAAUGUCGUGCCGUCAGAGGACAGCAUGCCAGUCUUCGACAGGCUCCUAUGGGAGGUAUGGAUGCCUGUGUUUCGAAGUGCCAUGACCAAGUGGUCGCCACGGGCACCUCAUCACCUAAUUGCAUUCUUGGAGCAGUGGACGCCUGUGCUGCCGGGCUGGAUAAAUUCUCAUCUCCUCGACACGUGGGUCUUUCCCAGACUGCAGGCUGAAGUGGAGAAAUGGAGCCCAACAACUGAUGCGCAGCCCAUUGACUCGUGGAUACACCCUUGGUUGGAGCUCAUGGGCCAUCGGCUGGAACCUCUGUAUGCCCCUGUUCGUCACACGCUGGCAGCUGCAUUGUCAAAGUGGGAUCCGAGUGACGCGUCGGCCAAGGCUAUCCUUAUGCCAUGGGUUGGGGUCUUCUCUCAAGGCAGCAUGGACGCGUUCAUCAUCCGCUGUAUCGUACCGAAGCUUGCCACGUGCCUGCAGACGCGCCUGGUGAUCAAUCCAGCACAUCAAGACAUGGAGGCUUUCCGCUGGGUGAUGGCUUGGCGAUCCAUAGUACCGCUGAAUCACUUUGCAGACAUGAUGGACAAGUUCUUCUUCCAACGCUGGAUGUCAGUGCUGACACAGUGGUUGCAGCCAGCAAGCAAUCCCAACUAUGAAGAAGUCAUACAGUGGUUUUCCGGUUGGAAGGAGCAGUUUGAUCAGGAGUUGCAGAAUCACCCGCAGAUUGCACGUCACUUCAAUCACGCCGUGGAAGUCAUGCACCACAUGGUCUCACACCCAGCUGGUGGCCAACAGCCAGCCAGUGCUGGCAUGACCUAUGCACAGCAGGCACAUAUGCAGGAUACUGCCGAUGCUUCCGCUUCCCAGUCUUACCAGCGUAUGUCAGCAGCUGCAGCUGCUCCACCAGUUCUGGACUUCAAAGAAGUUGUGCAGCGUAAAAUCCAGGAAAUGGGCUUGUCCUUCCUACCGGAUAGGAUGCACGACAGUCACAUGCUGUACCGUGUUGGUCGUUGCUCCAUUUACUUCAGCCACAAUGUCAUAUUCUGUCGUGUGCCUGGUGGAGGAGCAUUUCAACCUGUGUCCUUAGAUCAACUCCUCUCCAUGGCGGCUUGAAACAAUUGUCAGAUGUGCUGUAUUUUUACUCUUCUCUUUCCGUGUAUUUUAAUUUCAUCGAUUUCCCGUCUCCUUGGUUACUAAUAUCCUAUCUCUGAAUACAUGUACAUUGUACACGUACAGUUUUGUGUUCACACA